CAUAAUAAUGGCAGCCCUGAGUUGCCAUUUUCAACUUACAGUUUACAACAAACGUAAUAAUGCAAAAACUAAGCCUUUUAUCUCGUGUUCGAUCCAACCUGCUCAAACCAAUAUUAAGGUAGUUAUUAAUGGAGCAGCAAAGCAAAUAGGGAGGGCAGCAGUAAUUGCAGUCACAAAAGCUAGAGGGAUGGAAAUUGCAGGCGCAGUGGAUAACCGUUUCAUUGGAGAAGAUAUCGGAAUACUUUGUGACAUGGAAGAGCCAUUGGAAAUACCUGUUCUAAAUGACAUUACUAUGGUGUUAGGUUCCAUAUCUCAGUCAAAAGAAACUGGAGUUGUUAUUGAUUUCACUGAACCUUCAGCGGUUUAUGACAAUGUGAAACAGGCAACAGCAUUUGGCAUGAAAAGCAUAGUCUACGUACCUCGAAUUGAAGCGGACACAGUUGCCGCAUUAUCUGCACUAUGUGACAAGGCCAGCAUGGGUUGUCUGGUUGCACCGACUCUAUCCAUAGGUUCAAUACUCCUGCAACAGGCUGCCAUUUCAGCUUCCUUCCACUUCAAUAAUGUAGAAAUUGUGGAAUCAAGGGCACAUGGAUCAGACCUUCCAUCAGCGGAUGCAAACCAAAUUGCAAAGAAUCUUUCCAACCUGGGUCAGAUCUACAAUAAAGGAGAUAUGUCGACUGAUGUUCUGGCUAGGGGCCAAGUUCUAGGAGAAGAUGGUGUUAGGGUUCAUAGCUUGGUGUUACCAGGGCUGCCCUCCAGCACAACAGUUUACUUCUCUGGGCCAGGAGAGGUAUACUCUAUCAAACAUGAUAUCACAGAUGUAGAAUGCCUCAUGCCUGGCCUCCUCUUGGCUAUUAGAAAGGUCAUCCGUCUUAAGAAUCUGGUGUAUGGCUUGGAAAAAUUUCUAUAAGAUGUCAUAUGCUCUUGAAUCUCAGCAUGGAACUUAGCCUCUGGUAAACUCGCAUAUCAAAUGAAGAAUUCAUGCCAUCCUGCAUCAGGCAUUCGAGAAAGGAAAUUUAAGCGACAAAAUUAGACAUGGAUAAGAAGAAUUUUUGUAAACUCAAAAAUAAGAAGACAUGCAAAUUCCAGUUCACCAAAUUUUUUAAUUCAA